AUGUCAGAAGAUACCCGCCAAAAAAAGAAACGAGACGAGCAGCACUUGAAGCUUAUUCAGGAGAUACUGGCUUUGCCAGAUAAUCAAAAUUGUGCAGAUUGUGGUGCUCGUGGCAUUCGUUGCGCUGGUCUUCAUCGCAAACUCGGAACACAUAUAACCAAGAUUAAAUCCACGACACUAGACACGUGGUCUGCUGAACAGAUCGAGUUUGUUCGUAGCAUGGGCAAUCGCAAAGUGAAUGAAUACUAUCUAUCUCGACGAAAUGCUCCCGUGUUUAAUAUCAAUGAUGAUAGGGAAAUGGAAACAUAUCUUCGUCAAAAGUAUGAAAAGAAAUCUUAUUGCGUCGAUGGACCAGAUCCACAACAGCAACUAGUUCAACAAAAGAAACAAGCGCAACCCCAGAGCUUUGAAGUUCCUCUUCCAUCAACUCGAACAAAAACAGUCCAGUUUCUCGGGGCCAACACCAACAACGCGCUUGGAUCAACUCAACAAAACCAACGUCAAUCUAUUGAUGCCAAUGAUCAGCUAGUCCAACAGCUUCGGCAAAUGGGUUUUGAAAAUAAUGAGCACAAUCAAAGUGCGCUCAUGAUUACUGAUCGCAACAUCGACCAGGCAAUUAGCUUACUGUUGGAAUGGGGUAGUAACAGUCGCAAGGCAUCCAAUUCUUCUGCCAAGGAUAUACCUGCUGCUAAUUCAUCCAAUUCAACAGUUAAAAGUAUCAAUAACUCUCAAGCUCAAACUCAGUUGAAUACUAAUCAUGCUGUUCCCAAUGCAUUAAAAAAUGUCGAUCUGCUUGGAGAUUUGUUUGGAAACACUAUCGAGAGUACAAUGACCACUUCACAAUGGAUGCCAAAUCAGAAUCUUGGUGGUCAAAAUAAUCCAUUUGGAUUUAGCUAUCAGCUUGAUCAGGGUCAAAAUGAAUCUAACAGAUAUCAGUAUAAUCUUCAAGCUCAACAACAUCAGGCACAGUUGUUACAAACUCAACAGGCUCAAAUUCAAGCUCAGAUUCAAGCUCAACAGAAUCAACAAAAUCAGAUUCAAUAUCAACAAGCCCAACAGAGUCAACAAGCUCAGAUUCAAGCCCAACAGAAUCAACAAAAUCAGAUUCAAUAUCAACAAGCCCAACAAGCCCAACAAGCUCAGAUUCAAGCCCAACAGAAUCAACAUAAUCAGAUUCAAGCCCAACAAAAUCAACAAAACCAGAUCCAAGCUCAACUUCAACAGCCUCAAAAAAGUCAAAGUCAGCAAUCUCAAAUGCAAUCAAAUCAAACUCAACUCCUGUUUAGCCAGAUUCAAUUUAAUCCAGAGACUCAAUUUCAACAACAGAAUAUGCAAUCAGCAUUUCAACCACUACAACCUCAAUCAAUUCAAGCUCCACAACAGCAAUCAAAAAGUGUUGCAAAGAGCUCCAUCAUGUCUUUGUAUGGACAGUCUCAGCCGAUCCAGCAACAGUUUCAAGAAUUCGAAUUUUCCAAUCAACAGCCUACAGGAACGUAUGGUAACUAUGGACAACAAACAACUCAGCCGCAACCUCAGAGCAUUCUUGGUACUGUUCGCGUAAACCCUUACAUUCAAAGCCAGCAGCAAUCUCAGCAAAUGCACUACCAACAACAGUCACAAGCAGGACUUUCUUAUGCAAAUCCGUUCAAUACAGCCAAUAUCCCACGUAGCGGAGCGGCUAAUCAGACACAGGAUUCCAUGAUGGGUGAUUUAUUUAAACCUCAAUCUCAGCAGCCAGCACAUAUCAUGCAGAAUGCCAAACCCGAUCUUUUUGCAGAUCUUGCAUUCAUCAGAAAAUAAACCCAAGACCAAAUUAACAAUUUUUUG